GCUUCCGCUCCGGGCGCCUGAAGGAGACUAGGAGACGGCUGGGUCGCCGUGCUUGUGCCGGGAGUCGCUGGCCCUGCCGCUACCCUCAGUCCAUGAGGAAGAUGCUCGCCGCCGUCUCCCGUGUGCUGUCGGGCGCUGCCCAGAAGCCGGCAAGCAGAGUGCUGGUGUCAUCCCGGAAAUUUGCAAAUGAUGCUACAUUUGAAAUUAAGAAGUGUGACCUUCACCGGCUGGAAGAGGGCCCUCCUGUCACCACAGUGCUCACCAGGGAGGAUGGCCUCAGAUACUACAGGAUGAUGCAGACUGUUCGCCGAAUGGAGUUAAAGGCAGAUCAGCUGUAUAAACAGAAAAUUAUUCGUGGUUUCUGUCACUUGUGUGACGGUCAGGAAGCUUGUUGUGUGGGCAUGGAAGCUGGCAUAAAUCCCACAGACCAUCUGAUCACAGCCUAUCGGGCUCAUGGCUUUACCUUUACUCGUGGGCUUUCUGUACGAGAAAUUCUCGCAGAGCUUACAGGACGUAGAGGAGGCUGUGCUAAAGGAAAAGGAGGAUCAAUGCAUAUGUAUGCCAAGAAUUUCUACGGGGGCAAUGGCAUUGUUGGAGCUCAGGUGCCCCUGGGAGCUGGGAUUGCUCUGGCCUGUAAGUAUAAUGGAAAAGAUGAGGUCUGUUUGACUUUGUAUGGCGAUGGCGCUGCUAACCAGGGUCAGAUAUUUGAAGCUUACAAUAUGGCAGCUUUGUGGAAAUUACCUUGUAUUUUCAUCUGUGAAAAUAACCGCUAUGGGAUGGGAACGUCUGUUGAGAGAGCAGCAGCCAGCACUGAUUACUACAAGAGAGGGGACUUCAUUCCUGGGAUGAGGGUAGAUGGAAUGGAUGUCCUAUGUGUCCGGGAGGCAACAAAGUUUGCAGCUGCCCAUUGUAGGGCUGGAAAGGGGCCUAUACUAAUGGAGCUGCAGACUUACCGUUACCAUGGACACAGCAUGAGUGAUCCUGGAGUCAGUUACCGUACACGAGAGGAAAUUCAGGAAGUAAGAAGUAAGAGUGACCCUAUCAUGCUUCUCAAGGAUAGAAUGGUGAACAGCAAUCUUGCCAGUGUUGAAGAAUUAAAGGAAAUUGAUGUCGAAGUGAGGAAAGAAAUUGAGGAUGCUGCCCAAUUUGCUACAGCUGAUCCUGAACCACCUUUGGAAGAACUAGGCUAUCACAUCUACUCCAACGAGCCACCUUUUGAAGUUCGGGGUGCAAAUCAGUGGAUUAAGUUUAAGUCCAUCAGUUAAUGGGAGACUGCAUGUAAUGGAUGGUUACAUCUUCAGUGGGCUAUUUGACAGCAACUAAGGAAAUCUUGUUGUUCUCACCCAUAGAAUGUAUGUAGAUCAAGGUAGUAUUGCAUGCAGUUUAUACAGUAUUGCAUUAAAGGUUAUAUUAGAUUUAUAUAGGUCUAAAUAGGUAACAGACUUUGCUUAACCUUACUUCAGAUUAUUUCCUUAAAACAGUUCUAUUUGAUCUUGUUUGUACACUAUUUUAACAAGUACUUUUUAGUUAUUGAAAGAAAAAACAAUUCUUUGUAUGCCUGUCCAAUUCUGCCACCUUAUUGUUUGGGGGGGGGUGUGCGGGUAGGGGCUCAUUCCCCUGUCUGGCCAAACUCCACACCUAACAACAGCGUACAUUAAUGCACACACACGCCUGUAAGACAACAUUUACUAUAACCAGGCAGUGGGUAGAAGGACAGUUCCAUUUUUAAAUAGGACUACACAAUCAUUUCAAAGGUCAAAUAACUUAAAGUGCAAUUAACCAGUUACUAUUAACUUAUAACCUAAAACAGUGAUUCCCAGCCUUUUUGUUAAACACCUAUUGUUUUAUCUUUGCAGCAAGUGCUAUAUAUAGGAUGUGCUGAUUUUUUUUCGUUGAAGUAAAUUAAAAUUCAUUUUUAAGAAUUCCAUAAUA